UGAAAAGUAUACGUGCUCUUUGAAAAACUGCACCUCGAAUGCAAGCAUGGAGAACACGACGUCUCAGGAAAACACUACAACUCAAACGAACCAAAGGUGUUUGGAACUCACAUUAGCGCUCUACAAUGACCAGGGAAUGGCUUUAUAUGCGAUUGUGGCCACUAUUAUUAUAACUUUUGUCGAAAAGAGACGAUGUAAAGCAGAGGUUUGCCAUGGUAGACCAGGACUUCCACUCCCCAUAAAUUUCCUUGAUGGCACCACCAAUUCCAUCGCCAAUGCUGCAGCUUUUGGGUGCACCCUUGAACAUAUCCUGUAUUUCAUUUUGAGUGGACCUAGAUUCAACAACAUUUCAAAAUGGCUGAUAGCACCUACAUUUUUCCUUGUUUGCUUUUUGAUGUCUAUGGUAUAUUAUCCUAUAUUUGCUUGCUUGAAUUCAUCGUCCCGCCUGGUUGGAUCUAUCAUUGGGUUUCUCUAUACCCUGUUGUUGUUCUUGGUUGUUUUGGCUCACAAUUACCUCUGCAACGAGACUAACUGGGAAUGGGCUCUCUAUGCUAUCGCUCUAAUUUCUGAAGUUUAUCUGCUGGUGCUCUUCAUUUACCGAAUUGUAACUGCGCUGUGUAAGAAAUCUACCAAUUUGAAGGAACCUCUAGUGAAGAUUGAUCAACUGAUGCAUGUCAAAUAUCUACUUCAGAAACCCAAGAACAGUGCUGAAGAAAUGAACAUGAAGUAGUUUUAUUUCCCUUUAUUUUUAAUUCAAUGUAGUUUAUACACUUGAACGGAUAAAAUAUUUCAUUACAAUAGAUUACAUAAAAGGUUAAGGGUAUUGCGCGUUUCUGUGGGACUUUUAUACCAGGUAACCUACAUGUACAUUGAAGGACCCUGUUUUAGAAUGCAGGUUAAAAGAAUUGAAUAUAUAACUUUUUUCGGAUUACCCACUGGUUACAUACUUUUAAUGCUUGAUUAUCGUGAAACGAAGAGUCCAUAAGACUAGUGCCUAUGGAAAAGAAGAGCGGGAACUAGCAAUGGCGUAUUAAAUAUGACCACCUUCAUAUAAUAUAACCACAGCAUAAUAUAAUAGAGCACACCAUCU